AUGAAAAUACAAGUUAACAAAAAUUCAGAAAAGUUGGCUCUCUACCAGAAUACAAUUGACCAGGAUCUCAACAAGCACUACAUACGGAAAUUAGAGCCAGACGAAAUACCUUCGACAGGAUGGAUUUUACCUGAACAUGGCGUAAUCAACCCAAACAAGCCAGGAAAACUUCGCCGUGUUUCCAAUGCGAAAUCCAAAUUUAAAGGAGUUUGUCUGAAUGAUAUGCUUCUCACUGGACCUGACUUGCUCUGCAAUCUACUAGGAGUAAUUACGCAAUUUCGCGAAGGUAAGCACCGAAUCACUGCCGACAUUGAAGGAAUGUCUAUGCAGGUUUCUGUUAACCGCGAAGACAGAAAAUGUUUUCGUUUCCUCUGGGGAGCGGAAGAACCCGAUUUUUUUGAGUACACUCGAUUCGUCUUUGGAGCCAAAUGUUCUCCCAAUUGUGCAAUUUACGCAUUGAGAACUUGCGCAGACGACAAUGCUGAAAGUCAUCCCCACAUCAAAAAACUUGUCUACGAGAACUUCUACAUGGACGACUUCUUCGAAGCCACCGAUAACAUCGAAGUUGAACACUUCAUGAACACAAGACCCAUCACUACAGUUUCAGCAUCGCCCGAUGAUGAUGAAGCCCUCACCGCUAAUCAUUUUCUUCUCGGGAGAGCGCAGGCCAGCAUGUCACCUCUACAAACCCAACAGCCGUCAACACUCAGUCGACAAUGGAAAUUCACCCAUCAACUCGCAACCCAUAUUUGGAAACGCUUGAUGAAGGAGUUUAUCCCAAGCGACAUUGAAGGGAUGUAUAUGCAGGUUUCUGUUAACCGCGAAGACAGAUAA